AUGGCUCGUCGACCGAAAGGGUCGGCGCUGAUGCUGGCGGUAACGAUUGUUACGCUCAGCUUAGCGAGCUUAGUGAAUCGGUGUUCUGGCGCAACAGGCAGCAGCGGCGAACUCGACGAUCUCAACGCGGAAGAAACCAGAAACUAUAGGGAGUUGUUGAAUAUUCCGAAAUUCGGCGAUCGGUUAGCGCCCCGCAAUCGUCCCCACGUGGAGGAAAGCAAUGGCGGUUCCGCGAUCGCGACUGUCGUCGGCCAAUCGGGGGCCAGUGGGGGUACCAGUGGUGGAAAAUUCAGGCGACAACCCGGUCCCGGGAACGUUUAUCCCGGGGUGAGCUAUCGAAACACGGGGAGAUUGGGCGCGAGUGCUGUUGGUGGUAAUCAUGAGGCUCAGUUGCCCACACUGGUGAAUGAUCAAAUUAGCAAACGAAGUGAUGUGAUGGUAACGAGUAUUACCCAGAAUUUGGAGGAUUCAAAUACCAGCGGCAGUGAUUAUUCCGUGGAUGCCGAUGAACAGGACGAACCCGUAUCUGAGAGUGAGGACGAAGGGGAAGAGGAAGCAGGUGGCGAAGAUGAAGAAGAGCUUGAGGUAGAACAGAACAACUUUGCAUAUCCUAAGGAAGUGGUGCAAGGAAGAAGUGCUAAGAAUAGUGACGAGCGGCCUGUGCUGCUGGAAAGUGUUAGUAUUAAGGGUGACAGCUUGGCACCGCUGGUGGGCAAGCAGAAUGCUAGCAGCGGAAGUGGUGUGAAUGCAUCCGCGCAAGCCCAUCGACUAGAAAUGUCAACAGAAUUUUUCGUAGUGCCAUCGACAGCGUUUCCAGCAGUAACUCGAUCGACGACCGUGCGUCCUGGCGGUGUCAUUAUAGCGGCCCGUAAUCCAUCGGGCAACCACAACAGCCACAGUAAUGUCCACAAGCUGAAUGUUACACCUCCGACUAUCGUCGCGACCAAUUAUCCGAGCGGACUACGAAAAGAACCUUGGGUAGUACCGGUACUGGUACUAGCAUCGCUGUCGAUGAUCAUGAUGGCAGCCUUCGAAAUUUUUGUUCUCUGCAAGGCUUGGCGAACUUCACCCAGCCGGCGACAUUUGUUUCUCGGUCAAAUGCUGCUCCUUGGCCUAUUUUCCUGUUCUGGACUGGCUGCAGUUCUAACUGUCAAUCCAACAGUGCUUUCGUGCGCUACUAUGCGCUUCGGCGCAGGGGUCGCCUUCGCUCUCGUGUUCGCUUCCCUACUAGUGAAGUGUGUUUUCCUAAUCAGUCUCAACGGUGGAGUCUAUCUACCGGCACCGUAUCAGGGCCUACUGCUUCUUUUCGCGGUACUUAUCCAAGUAGCCGUAGGAGCCCAAUGGCUUUUGACCUCCCCACCGAGCGUUGAUCAAGUUCCGGUCCCAACCAGUGGCACGGCUAUCUCCAGCCGCUAUCAUCUGCUCCUGACAGCCGGAGACCUUAACAACGCAAACCCAACCAUCCCGCUCUGUCACACCUCCUUUUCCGAGCUACUCUUCUCCCUUAUCUACGUGGUAUUCCUGAUCAUAUUCGUCGCUAUCCUGGCGAUUAAAUCGCGCGGCAUUCGGGACAAUUAUCGCGAGGCAACGUACAUCGGUCUGGCCGUGGGUGGCAUCAUCCCGAUCUGGCUCGGGUGGACUCUGUGCGGGCUGGCCGUGGCCGAUCGGCACCGGGACGCGUGUCUCGCAUUCGGGCUGGUCGCGACCGCCUCGACGGUGUUUCUGGUGAUGUUUAUGCCCAAGGGUCGUCAGCUGGCGGCGAUGGGCAAGGAGGGCCUGUACGUGGAGGAUCGCGAGGAACGCUUCAGCUCGCUGAGCCGUGCCGGUUCCGGCUACUCGCCGUCCUUCUUUCACUUCAAACCGAUCAAGUACGGAGUGAUGGGAGCUUCGCCGACGCUGCAGACCAACAAUGGGACCGUGGUCGGGACGGCGACCAAUUCCAAGCAUCAGGCCGUCGCUACACUUGGUGGAGAUCGUGUUGCACUGGUUACGGCACCCCCGAGCUAUACGCCACGCAUGUAUCAUUACUUUCCAGCACACAUGACACAUCCCUUCUGUUACUAUCCCUCACUGGCGCCGCAACAGGCACGGUAUCCAGGUUUAUUCAUGCGUCCGGACGAGGCCAAUCUCUACACCACACUGGAGCAAACGAUGAGCAGCAAUCCGAACGUGUACUUCCAGCGGGGCGGUGGAGUCCAUCCCGGAAUGAUGUACUGAGAUAGGUGCAGUUGAAAUACGGACGACAAUAGUGAUUUCCAAACAACGAAGUUUCGACAAAACACGAAAAACCGCACGGAGACAGGCUGUAGGAAGUAGUCCGUGAGUUCAGCCGGAUACCGGAAAUGAGUGUGCCUAGGUGUGAUCGUGUAUCGUGUCGGAAAGUGGGAAAGUAUUUUGAGGAACCGAAGCCGACGCAAGCUUGGAUUUAGUGAAUAUUACCAGCUGCAAGAGACAGACGAAACAAGUGAUUUUAGGCGAUAAGAUUGAAGAGAAGGAAAGAGAUUCCGUUUCGUACUAAAUAGGAUAAUUAAGAGAGAAAUAAGUUUCAUAUUCAUCAGACGCAACAAACAGCAAUAUAAGUUUCCUGCUCAAAGGAAAUCCAUCUCCAGUAGAGUAGAACUUCUUUCACUUCAUUAGAUUUUAGUAAGUAUAACGUAAUUACUAGUGCAGAAAGAAUCCUAAUUUUGUUCGCUUUCUUAUAGAGUACUCGAGAAAAUGUGAUCUCUCCGCACAAUAAUUGAAGACAGCAGUGUUCAUAACCACUAACGUAGCCGAUACUAUUAAUGAGACCUACCACGAGGCAAUAAGUUAUACAUCGAAAGAGAAACUACAAAUUUAUAAACGUAAAACUUUUGAUGCAAAUUAAUGUCGAUAGAAUCUCAGAAGCAUUCGAGCAUUAGUUACAUUUGACAAUAAAAAAUCAGAUACUGUCACUUAGUAGAGAAAUAUAUGAUAGCAUAGAACUAUUAUUCACUACCAGAAUAGAAAUCUCCAACACUACAAUCGCAUCUCGUUCCUUUAUUCGUCCAAACGACUCGUUCGUGACAUGACGAAUAGAAAAAAAAAACAAUCGCUGAUAUACUUUAUUUUUAAACGAAGUUUAUUUUUAUAAUUUUAGAACAUCGCUAACAAUUAUACUCUUCAACGGAAGUAACAAAACCACGUUCAAAUGUAAAAUGAAACAAAAUGAAACUCUCUCUGUGAAUGAAUUUAAACACACGCGCACCACGAAUGUACGAUUAUGCGAUGUACACAUUUUGCAAAUCUUUGCGCUGACUAAGAAUUUGAAACGCUUAGCUAUACUACUGACUGACAGUUCGAAUCAAUCGGGUUUCCGCCUCUCCACGGGACCACCCCAUGAUGGACCGGCGGCCGAAACAGAUUGAUUCGGGUUAAGAGUUUUGAAUGGUAGAUUUAUUUUACACGUGUAAGUCUUCCUCUUCGUUUUCCUAGAGCGUCACUAUGAGGUAAUGAAAGCGUAGAUAAAUUUGAUUGUGCUGUCGGCGAUGUGCAAGUGGGCAGUAAUUAGUAGUUAGUAGUAGAUUGCUGUAAAUAAUAGUGCUAAAAUUUAGAGGAAAAUAAAUUUGGAGAUAUAUUUAAGAUUGAAUCUUGAAUGAGAA